AUGGGGUAUCUAUCGCGUAUGACACAGUGGAAGAGCAAGCUGCAACUGCCCGACGAUGCCACGCUGGAUGAUUCAACGGCACGAGCACAGCUGCGACUUGGUCUUUUCUCCUAUCCAGUCCUACAAGCUGCCGAUAUCCUUGUGCAUAGAGCUACCCAUGUCCCGGUUGGGGAAGACCAAAAACAGCACCUGGAGUUUUCCCGAUAUACCGCAAACAGCUUCAACCACCUCUACGGGCCGAUUUUCCCCAUCCCAGAGGCAUUGAUAUCUCCUGCCAAGCGAGUGAUGUCCCUUAAGGAACCCACUUCCAAAAUGUCCAAAUCGCACGCCGAUGAGAAAUCCCGGAUUAUCCUUAUUGACUCGCCGGCUGAAAUCCGCCAGAAAGUCAAGGUAGCCCUGACCGACUCGGAAGGAAGCAUCACCUACGACCCAACGCGCCGGCCUGGGGUGUCUAAUCUCAUUGAGAUCCUAAGCCACCUGGAAGGUGUAUCAUGCGAGGAGAUUGCAACCGACUUCCACAGCGCCAGUCUCCGAUCGCUCAAGGAACAUGUUGCAGACCGGAUCGCGUAUCAUUUGCAAGAAAUCCGAGAUCGGUAUAUUACGAUCAUGGAGGAUCAGACUGGUUACCUGGAGUCAGUGGCUGAGGAGGGCGCCGAAGCAGCGCGGGCCAACAGUCGGGUGACCAUGCAGCAAAUUCGGGAAGCGAUGGGUCUGUAA